UUCACUAAAUAUCUAAUAUUUAGGUAAAAUCAUUGCUAAUUAAGAAAAUCUCUAGGUAAAAUCUAGUUAUCCUGCGAUGGAGGAUGAUUGUGAUGAUUGUUGUGCAUCAUGUUGCUGUGUUGGAUGUUCAGUACUAGGAUAUGCAUUUUGCUUUAAAAAGAUGCGUCGUUCUAUCAGAAUUCGAUUAUUUAUGAUUUAUUUAAAUAUCUUUUGUUUGACAUUUGGUAUAAUAACUGGAGCGAUAUUUUUCGGACCGUAUACUACAUAUUUUACGUCUACAGAUAUCCGAUCUAUAAAAGAUCGUCUAUCUUUCUUAUUUUGUGAAGGUGUGACGAUAACAAGUGUCGGUGAUCUAAGAUCCUCAUUUUCUGCCUAUAUCUUAGAUUCGGAACCAAUUAUAAAUGAGACAUUUGUACAGACUUUUACAAGUGAAGUGACGAUGUAUGUAAACCAGGAAGACUACAAAUAUCAUUCAUUCUAUUUACUUAGUGGUUCCGUCAUCAGUGUAGGUGUUUGUGCAGAUAGUUUCAUACAAAUGAAUAUAAUUAAAGGAAAGCACGAUCUCAAGGAAUUUAUCGACAACAAUUUUGCGUGUGACAGCUGUAUAAAAAAGACCAUUAAUGUAUACCAACAUAAGUGUUUACGGACGUCUGAUUUCGACGAGGUUCUUUAUAAUGUUUCAGAAUCUGCUGAUUAUUUCAUCUUUUACUUAAGCCCUCUAGAGGAUGUAUGGGCAACAGCAAAAUAUCAUAUAAACCGGACAUUAUACGAUGUUUCUGCCGCACGAAAUGCGUAUUCCUCUGUUGUUCAGUGCGCAUUUACCUUGGACUUAAAACCUCAGUAUAUUAUCGUUCACUUAGAUGACACGGGAUCAAUGGCACAGUAUAAUAUAAUGACUGAUUGUAAAGGUCGGACUUGGGUUUAUCUGUCAACAUUUUUUGUUGUCCCAUAUCUAAUCGGUAUAUUUGUUUGCAUACUCAUAUUUAAAUGUUGUAAAGACCCGGAUCCCUCGGAGCAGACAGGUGAAAUAUCACCUAGUAUCAACAGUCCUUUACUUUAUAAUUAUCCUAGUUAUCAAUCAACUGAAAUUAUUGGACCACCAAAAUAUGAAGACAUUGUAAGGGACGAGGCUCCUCCACCUUAUUCCGAGGCGAUAGGACCCAUUAUUAAUUAGAAUCGGAGUCAUAUUAAUCCAUUAUUAAUAUAUGUGCGUCACAUAACUUAAAGAUGAUCUUUUUCUAAAGUAGAAAUAUUGUAAUUAAACUAUGGACUUUUCUUAGGCGACUAUUCUUUGUCUUAUUUAAUAGCUUGGUUUAAGGAAAGCCUAUUAAAGUACUAGUAUAUAUUUUUACUCAUGUAAAGUUGCAUUGGCUCUCUUUAAUGAAUGUUUUUUAUGAACAAAAACUGCACAGACCAGAUAAAAGUAGAAUUAAUUUUAAAAAUUGUCAUCAUGAUGAGAAAACGUUGAACUUUCAUAUUUGAAAUCGAGUUAAUGCACAUUGAUAAAAUAACAAAACCAUCAUACAGUACAUUUUUGAAUAUACGUUUAUGCUUUAAUUUUGAAUAAAUAUUUUAAAUAGCAUUAAGGGUUCAUCAAUAUAAUCAUUGAGCAUCUGUUAUCACUUUUAAAUCAUAUUUCUUACUUUAAAUCCAGCUUGCAAUAUACGCUCCCUUUCCUAAAAACCUCAUUUGUCCCUGGUAGUAGCAUCUAAAUUUUACAUUGAAGACAUUAUAUCCUCAUUAUUACAUGUACUAGUAUGUUAAUAAACUGAAUAUGUAAAAGCUUUUAUUAUGGGCAAUUCACUUAGUCCAAAACGCUGGAAAUUUUAUGUAAGAAAUAUUAAACGAGUGCAUUGACGGUAUAGAUUCCCUUUAAAUGUUGUGAGCAAGUUGUUAUUUUGUAAAACAAACAAAAGUAUAAUUUGUAGAAUAUUUGUACAAGUAAUCAGAAUUUUAACACCCACCUUCUUUCCUUAACCAGUUUUAUUGUUUGCUUCCAUAUACAUAUACUACAACGUCUAUCAUUUGAAUUAAUGUCCUUAUUAAAUAUUUGUUCAGUGUCAUGUAUAAAACUAUAUCUUCCGUAUAUGUGAAACAUUUGACAGUAAUAAACUAAA